AUGAAUGCACUCUUUAAAUUUGUAUCUUUAUUUCAAUAUCUUUUUUCUAAAACCAUGAAAAUUCAUUUUGAAGAUAUUAGAUCAUUGUACACAGAAUUAAGUUCUCCAUGGAAAAUGUAUGAAUUAAAAGAAUUUAAAAAUAAACAAAUUUUGAGAAAUGAUACAUACAGAAUACCACAUACUACAUCUAAUAUGAAAGGAUACAUGUCAAAUGGAAUUUGGAACUCUUUUUAUAAUAAAAAUCUUGAAGGGAUGUCAAAAAUAUGUUGUAUACGUUAUACAAGCAAAGAGCAGUUGUUAUUGUUCUCUGAUAUAAUGCAACAAUUUCAACAUAUACAGUACUAUAAUGAUUUAAUAAAGAUUAUUGCAGAAGAUAUACUUCCUAACGCGAACGCCUUUCUUAAUUAUACACAAUCAGAAUAUGUAAAAAUAUAUAAAAUGAUUUCUAUUCUUUAUCAAGGUUUAAAUCCAAAAAUUCCUAUUUUAGUAAGAACUGAUAAAUAAAGAUAUUAAAUAAUAAAUGAUUAAUUCAGAAAUUGAGCAUUGAUACAUUUAUCAUUUAUGUUACUAUAGAAACUACAAAACACAAAUGUAUUGAUGUGAUAUACAGUGCAUAAUUUUAAUGUAAUGCAUAAUGUAAUUUAAGAUAUGUAAAAUAUUUUUUAAUGUUAAUAAAAUAAA